CUUAUAUAACAACAGCAGAGUUGUGCGGCAUUUGGCCGUUCAGCUUUGUUGUAAGAUGGCUGUUUUUGAGGCACUUCUGCAGUUUCCCAGCACAGGAACGUUACUGGGCACUUUGCUUUUGCUUCUGUUUGUAUAUCUGCUUUCAUCAGGCUCCAAACCUCAGAAAGAAGGUAAAGACCCACCAGGACCCAAACCACUGCCACUGCUGGGAAACCUGCUGACACUUGACCUUGAGAGACCCUUUGACACACUUUGUGAGCUGUCUAAAACCUACGGAAAUGUGUUCCAAGUGUUUUUUGGUCCCAAAAAAGUUGUGGUCUUAGCUGGGUACAAAACAGUUAAAGAAGCACUUGUGAACUAUGCAGAUGAGUUUGGGGACCGAGAUAUUGGACCUAGUUUCAGAAUACUAAAUGACGAACAUGGGAUCAUCUUUUCCAAUGGUGAGAACUGGAAAGAGAUGAGACGCUUCGCUCUCACUAACCUGCGAGACUUUGGGAUGGGCAAGAGAGGAAGUGAAGAGAAAAUCAUAGAGGAAAUUCAGUACCUGAAAGAAGAGUUUGAGAAGUUUGAAGGGAAACCCUUUGACACAACACAGCCUGUGAACUACGCUGUAUCAAACAUCAUCUCAGCUAUUGUGUAUGGCAACAGAUUUGAAUACACAGAUUCUCGAUUCAAAGAAAUGGUCGACAGAGCAAACGAGAACGUUCGGGUUGGUGGAUCGGCUUCAAUGCGGCUUUACAACACAUUUCCGUGGUUGGGCCCGUUGCUAAACAGCAAAAGGACUAUCAUAAGAAAUGCUCUGAAAAACAGGGCGGCAAUAACUCAGUUGAUCACUGGGUUACUGGAGACUCUGAAUCCACACGACCGCAGAGGGUUUGUUGAUUCUUUUCUCAUCCGCAAACAAAGUGACGAGCAAUCUGGCAAGACGGACUCAUACUUCCAUCAGGAGAAUCUUCUAAUAACUGUGGCAAAUCUCUUUGUUGCUGGUACUGACACCACAGGAACAACUCUGCGCUGGGGUCUGAUGAUUAUGGCCAAAUACCCUCAUAUACAGGAUCGGGUUCAGGAGGAGAUUGACAGAGUGAUCGGUGGACGUCAACCAAUGGUAGACGACAGGAAGAAAUUACCAUAUACAGACGCUGUGAUCCAUGAAACCCAGAGACUGGCCAACAUAGUACCAAUGAAUCUACCCCAUACGACCAGCUGUGAUGUUCACUUCAAUGGAUACUUCAUCAAGAAGGGUACCACAGUAUUUCCUCUUCUGACAUCUGUAUUAAUGGAUGAAAGUGAAUGGGAGAAACCCCACAGUUUUUACCCAGAACACUUCCUUAAUGAGAAGGGCCAGUUUGUUAAGAAAGACGCUUUCAUGCCCUUUUCUGCAGGGCGCAGAAUGUGUGCUGGGGAGAGUUUGGCCAGAAUGGAGCUCUUCCUGUUCUUCACCUCCCUCCUUCAGCACUUUCGCUUCACUCCUCCACCUGGAGUGUCUGGAGAUGAACUGGAUCUCAAAGGAAUAGUUGGAAUCACAUUGAAUCCGUCCCCACACAAGCUGUGUGCAAUCAAACGGUCCUGAUGCAAGAAAAAAACAUCGGUUGAAACAUUUAACCUCAUUUAAAAUAGAAAAGGAAUGAAUCUGCGAUUCAACCAAUCUCCACAUUAUUUGUGGUAGCUUGCAAUUGUAUAUGGUUUCCACAAAUUUUUUGCAUAAAUCACGAAUCUGAGGUAUUCCCAUUGCUUCCCUACAUGCUUGAUAGCGGCAAAACAAAUGCUUGAAAAGGCUAAAGCAGUUGCGACAUACAACUCAAUCCAACUGCAGAGCUGCCAUUCUUUGCAACAUAUAUUUCAAAAUAUUACAAAUUGCCAUUUUCAUAUAUGUAACAUAUAUUUUUCCAAAUACUUAUGGAUAUGUACAUAAAUGCUCAAAUACAUGAACUAUAAUUUUAUAUGUUGGCAUACCACCAUAUAUUCGAUUUCUGUAUCACACAAUGUAAUAAUCGCAACAUGCCUAAAUAUUGAAUCCUGUAAAACUGCCACCUCGCUGGCCCAACGAUGGAAUCCAGCGAAGUGGCUAAGGUAUCCUCGUGUUCAUCUGUUUGUGCGCGUGUGGCUGUAGCAUCAUAACUAUUAAUUUAGUUAAGACCGAAUCUGACUCCAAUUGUAUUAGACCUCAAUUUAGGUCAAGAUUCCAAUUAUUACUGAUCAUUAAUUGAGAUCUUAUCUAGAUUUGGAUACUUGAUUAUUCUAGUUAAUUCUAUACUUUUAAAUUGCACUCCUUCAUUCGGAAUUCUGUUGCUUAGGGCCUCGUGCACGGGUUCCACGGUCACAAACUUGUCCGUUUGAUCUUUAGUCAGAGGUAAAUGACUAAUAAUAUUAAAAAUGAUAACUACCACAGCUUAUCUAUUUCUAAUUAGUAGUUUUGCUUAGUUUCUAUAGAUCUGUAUAUACUUAAUUAAUGUUAUAGUAUCUCUAGACAGAGGUAAAUGACUUAUACUAGUUAAAUAAGGCUGACCAACAUACCAUUACCCAAACAGUAGUUUUGUUUAGUUCUAUAGUUUCCUAUUACACUUGACUAGAAUAUUAUUAGCAUUAAUCAGGGGUCAUGACUAGUGCUAUCUGGAUGGGUCAAUCAAUAUUACAUUGUCCUAAACAGUACUUUCUUUUAGCCUUUACAGUCUGUUACACUUAACUAAAGCCAAAGGUUAAUCAGAAAGCUUAAGAUCCCAGUUGACGUGCUUCAUGCUCCAUCAAAUACUGUAUUUAUAUUAUAAUUUAGAAUCAAAAUAGCCUUUAGGUUCAAAGCUAGCUAGAUUUGGAUACGCUAUUGCUAGUAACACAGCUAGUUAUAAUAAUUAAUUAAACAAACGUAUGACACAAUGCCAUCAUGACAUCAUGAAAUAUUCUUAUCUAUACUAUUCUGUUUGUGCCGGUCUUUUUGCCACCACUUCCAUCUGUGACGUAGGGGUGACAUUGCCAGAUUAUUGGUCUAUUAGCUGAUUCAGUGGUUGAGGGCGGCCAUCUUGGGUAGAUAUUAUUGUAGACAAUACUUCAGUGUCACCUUUCUUUGACACUUAAGUCAAAGCUUAGGACUAUUCUUAAAGGGAUAGUUCGCCCCAAAAAUUUAAAUUCUCUCUUUCACACCCUCAUGCCAUCCCAGAUAUGUUAUGCAGAACACAAACAAAUAUUUUUAGAAGAAUAUUUCAGCUCUGUUGGUCCUCACAAUGCAAGUGAAUGGUAUCCAGUCCUUUUUUUUUACUAUAAAUCUCCACUUUCACUUUUACACUCUUCUUCUUUUGUUUUUGGCGAUUUGCACUCGUUGUGCAUAUCGCCACCUACUGGGCAUGGAGGAGAAUUUAUAGUAAAAAAGGACUUAAUUAUUUAUCCAUUUUCAUAUAAGCAUUUCUAAGAAGUUGUAUGCACAUGGCCCCUGUUCCACCAUAUCAAAAUGUUAUGCCAUUAAGGAACUUACUACUUAUAGUACAUUUUGUCUGGUAGGAGCAGUGGUACUUUCUAUGAGUAGGCAAGGAACAGCUGCAAUCAAAAGCUAAGGCAUCUAACUUGCUGCCUAGUCAGUUAAUGAUCUAACCAACAGUGUUUUGUAUGAAUGUACCUAUUUAGGAAACUGCUGUCAGAACAGUUUGAAAGGCACCUUAUUAUCAUUCUACCACCGUAUUCAGAUACAAUUUGAGAAGGUCCAGUCUCACAAAUUUCCUAAGUGGGAAAAAUCCGGAUAGAUAUUGUCAUUUAUCAGUGCUCUAGUAUUGCAUAGUACCAAACUUACCAUUGUCCAUAUUAUGAUUUGGGAUACAUGGUUUUUUUAUCAAAUGUUUUCAGGACUAUUAUUAAAUACAUUAAAUGAGACCAAUCAGAUACAUUUUAAUGAAUUACAAACAACUUCUUUUAUUUUGACUGUGAAAAUGUGCAUUGUACAGGCUGUACUGUAGUAGUAAGUAGGCUUUUACUAUUUGUCAUGCUGCAUCAAAGAAAUGUAAAAAUUGAGUUCAACAAAAAGUAUUUAAAAUGAAUGGUUUCUCUUUUUACAAAACUAUAAUAAACUGCACAUUUGUGACAACAUUGCUGAACAA